GUCAGAAUGCUUGAACCAAGUUAGGUCUUUGAGAUGAAAAUCUCUGCCAGACGCUUGCCGAUUGCGUCAUAGACAUCGUUUAUCAGUUGAUUGGUUGUAAGAAUCGUAUUUUAUAAUGGAGGGAACGUUCAAAAAACGCAAAUACCGCACUUAUUUGCACAGUGAUACGCAUAAAAUACCAAGAUCAACAAACUUUAGAAAGCGUAAAUUGCGUGAUGAGAAGUCAGUUUAUCCUAAAGUAUCAGAAGCUAGUCCUAGUCCUACUGAAGAUGUAUGUAAUGCUCAAAAUGUAUCAGACAGUGAAAUUGAUAUUGUAAAUGUGCCUGAAAGAUAUAAUUCUAUAUUUAUUCAAAACCAUUCACUAGAUAUAUACUCUGAACUUGACAAUGAUAUUGAACUGUCCUCGGAAAAUGUUGAUCUUGUGGAAGAUUUAUAUGAAGAAAUUGAUGAAAUGGAAGAUUUUGAUGUCCAUCUGGACUCCAUUGAAAUAGUGGAACCCUGCAUAAAAGACCGUGACUUUUAUUCAGAGAAAGUCAUUGAUAGUGCCAGUGUUACAUUUCAUGAUCUUGCAGUUCUGUUAUUGUCUGCUAAAAGCAAGUUCAAUCUUUCAGCUGUAGCGCUUAAUUACAUUAUUAAAAUAACAGCAUUAAUACUACCAGAAGACAGACGUCUAUUAAACAGUCUUAAUCAGUUGUAUUCAUACGUCAAUGAGAAAGAUACAGAUGUGCGCAAACAUUUUUACUGCGGAUUUUGCCAGUUUUACAUUGGAAUGGAUCAGUCUACAGAGAGUCAAUGCUGCCCAUCAUGUAAUAAGCUGAAUAAUUAUGAAUAUUUUGUAGAGAUCCCUCUUGAAAAUGAGUUGAAAGGAGUCGUAGAAAGAAACUUGAAACAUCUGUCUUACAGGGAUGAAAAAAACACAGAUCACAACUGCAUUACUGAUGUUUAUGAUGGAGAGCUGUACAAAAAGCAUAUGAAGGAUGGAGGAUUUCUUCAAGAUAACAACAAUAUAAGCCUUCUAGGGAACACAGAUGGAGUAGCAGUUUUUAAGUCUUCAUCUUUCAGUGUCUGGCCAGUGUAUGUUGUUGUUAAUGAAUUGCCACCAAAAAUACGGUUCAGGAAAGAGAAUAGGAUAUUGUGUGGUUUAUGGUUUGGCAAGAAAAAGCCAAAUUUCACAACAUUCUUCAAGCCAUUCACAGAGACCGUUUGGAAUUUGUUCACUGAUGGCUUUCAAAUAACUGAUCCAGUCAACAAGGAAAUGAAGACAGUCAAAGCAAUACUUCUUCACAUGACUUGCGACUCCCCUGCCAAGUGCAUAUUUCAGGACUUUAUGCAGUAUAAUGCUUAUUUUGGCUGCCCAUACUGUUUGGAUCCAGGAGCUUACGACAAAGAGGGCCGGAGCCAUGUCUACCCAUUCAGUGUGGAAAGUGAAAAUGGUUUUGGGGUGGAGAGAACCCAUGAAAGUACUGUAGUGUAUGCUCAGGAAGCACGAGUUAAUCUAGCACAGGGUAAAAAAAAGUUUGCUGUGAAGGGUGUCAAAGGUUUUAGCUGGGCCUUUUCCCUGCCAAGAUUUGACAUUAUCAACAGUAUGUGCCUAGACUACAUGCAUGCAGUUUUGCUUGGAGUGAUGAAACAGUUGCUACAGCUUUGGUGCAGAUCUUCUAAAGAGAUGUAUACUCUUAGUAAUGCAGAUUAUAGCAUUGUUCAAAAAAGACUACAGGAAAUUCAACCUCCAAAUAACAUAACAAGAGUUCCAAGAAGUUUGGAUGAGCAGAAACAUUGGAAAGCUUCGGAAUACAGAUCUUUCCUGUUGUUUUAUGGAGCAGCCUGCUUGUAUGGAGUUCUGGACCAGGUUUACUUUGACCACUUUAUGCUUCUAUCAGAUGCUAUUUGGUUACUAUUGCAAGAAUGUAUCACUAAACAAGAACUGGAACAAGCUACUUCAAAACUGCAAUAUUUCUGCUUCCAGAUGGCUACACUAUAUGGUAGCAGGUCUGCAACAUUUUCAGUGCACCUACUCCUUCAUAUACCAACAAGCGUACGGUACAAUGGUCCUCUGUGGUGCAAUAGCUGUUUUUUUUUUGAAGACCAGAAUGGAGAGCUUCGACAGUACUUUCACAGUUCACAGCACCCAGAUUCCCAGGUUGUAAGAGCUGCAUCCAUAGUGCAGACUUUGCCAAAAAUGGCAGAAAAGAUGGAGAGUGGUUCACCAGCUGACUUUUUGUACCGGUCAAUAACAGUGGACAGAUACAAAGUGAAGUGUGAUGGAAAAGUGGACACUGAUGGCACUGCAUUUUUGGGUCAACCAGAAGAGAUAACAGAAAAUGUGUUACACAAUACAGGUCUAAGUUACAAGUUCAAACGUGCUCUUGUGAAUGGGGAAGUGUUUCAUUCUGUGCAAUAUCUUAAAUCUUCUAAACGUAAUUCAUGCAACGUAAUGUAUAUGGGAGACACAAAUAAAAUUUUAUAUGGUCAGAUCCAAUGUUUCUACAAGCUGGUGACUGGCAACUUUGUUUUGAUAAGACGUUACAAAUCAAAACAAAAAGAAAUCAUAUGUGAUAAAACAGCUGGUUCCAUUUCUAGUAGACAUUUUAUUGUUCUUGAAAAACAACUAUCAGAAGAACAUCUUAUUCACAUUUCAAAAUUAAAAUGCAAAGUUUUAAUAAUGAAUGUCAGUGGGUUAGAUUUUGCAAUUUGUGCAAACUUUUCCAACUCCAUUGAGAAAGAUUAAAACUACACUGGAAUCUGUAUUAUGUAUGGUGCAUUGUAACCAUUAUUGAACUUUAACUGUAUUAUGUAUAAUUAUCAUGUGCAUUGUAACCAUUUUUGAACUUGAAUUGUAUUGUGUGUUUGGGCAUUGUAACCAUUUUUGAACUUGAAUUGUAUUGUGUGUUUGGGCAUUGUAACCAUUAUUGAACUUGAACUGUAUUAUGAAUGGUUCAUUGUAACCAUUAUUGAACUUGAACUGUA